AGAAUAAGAUGCUGCUCCCCCUCCCUCUGUCUUUUCCCGCUUUGCUAAUCUUCCCCGCGGGCGCGGGAGGAAGAAACCUAAGAGACUAAGAGAAGACGCUCAACUCUUAGGUCCUUUUUUUCAGUGCAACACAGGAAAGCGCCCUCUUUUUGUCAUCCCUUGGCCUAUUGGGAUAGCACGGGCUUUGCCUGCCCUUUACAAGAUUCCGGCUCGGCCCGGGAAAGCGCUGGCAACAACAGAAAGGAAGGGGUCCAUGUAGCUGCUGCGCCCGCCCCCUUCUUAGUCAAUGGGGCACAGCAGGUUCGGCAUCUACUACAAAAGAGAGAAUCCACUUCAGAUAACCACGCCUCUGCUAGGCAGCGUGUGGAAUGGCCGAGAGCGGACCUUUUUGGAUAUAUAAUCCAAGUCGAGAGUAGAGUUACGGGAACAGCCGUCUGAUGGAAAACGACUUUCACGUUCGGUUCAGAGAGCACUUUUUUCGUUGAGAAUUCCUCGUUCCCUUUCGUGUGAAUUCCCCAGCGGCGAAUUCAAAACUUGUGGGGCCCUAUCUAUUCCAUCUCUCGAGCCCCGAAGAAAACCCCCCUCCCCUUCGGACUCAAUAUCUCUUUUGACUCUAUAUAUGUGGGCACCUGAUAUCUAUGAGGGUUCACCCACCCCGGUUACAGCAUUCCUUUCUAUUGCGCCUAAAAUCUCUAUUUCUGCUAAUAUUUCACGUGUUUCUAUUUAUGGUUCUUAUGGAGCUACAUUGCAACAAAUCUUCUUUUUCUGCAGCAUUGCUUCUAUGAUCUUAGGAGCACUGGCCGCCAUGGCCCAAACGAAAGUCAAAAGACUUCUAGCUCAUAGUUCAAUUGGACAUGUAGGUUAUAUUCGUACUGGUUUCUCAUGUGGAACCAUAGAAGGAAUUCAAUCACUACUAAUUGGUAUCUUUAUUUAUGCAUCAAUGACGAUAGAUGCAUUCGCCAUAGUUUCAGCAUUACGGCAAACCCGUGUCAAAUAUAUAGCGGAUUUGGGCGCUCUAGCCAAAACGAAUCCUAUUUUGGCUAUUACCUUCUCCAUUACUAUGUUCUCAUACGCAGGAAUACCCCCGUUAGCCGGCUUUUGUAGCAAAUUCUAUUUGUUUUUCGCCGCUUUGGGUUGUGGGGCUUACUUCCUAGCCCCAGUGGGAGUAGUGACUAGCGUUAUAGGUCGUUGGGCGGCCGGAAGGUUGCCACGAGUAAGUCAGUUUGGGGGA